GUAUAAUAUUGUACGCGUGUACGCAGAUUUUAAAUGCAGUGAACUUGCCACGUAUUUUUUAUUUUUCAAUAAUUAACUAAAUAUGUUUGAAAUCGUUUUUGUUUUCUGGCUCAAAUCAGUGGUCUUGACAACGUAUAUUACAGUUAAGCCUUAAACAAAUAAUCAGAAAACGGCAUAAUUUGUUUAUCUACCCUAAGUUAUCGUAUAAUUGUCACAACGAUGAGUCUUAUUUUUGCAUUGUUCUAUUUGACAUUUAUCACGGUGUGCAAGCUCGCGGAGGAAAUUAUGAGAAAAGUCCAUCUGGAACAUCUUCAAAACGGUGACUGCCGGUACAAAUCGGAGGACGCGCCGACUUCAGCCAGCCCAUCGCGCAAAGACAAGUUCGCUCAGGUGAACAUUUGGGGACCUUGUGCCCCCUACCGUCGCGGCCGGGUGAUGUACUCGUCACGGCCAAAUAACGGAACAGAGAGCGAGCCGGCUGCCGUUCGAUCGAGGUGUACAUCGACGGCGCCGACUUUCCCGGCACGGAUCAUGGCCGACCAUCGAUUCAGGUGUACAUCGACGGCGCCGACUUUCCCGGCACGGAACGUGGUCGAUCAUCGAUUCAGGUGUACACCGACAGCGCCGACUUUCCCGGCACGGAACAUGGCCGACCAUCGAUUCAGGUGUACAUCGACGGCGCCGACUUUCCCGGCACAGAACGUGGCCGACCAUCGAUUCAGU